AUGUCUCAGACGCUAUAUAAUCGUACAUACGUACUUGCGAUACUUUCCGCAUUCCCACCCCACAGCAUCCGCUUAUCGAUUUCCAAAGUACAUGGCUGGUUUAUCUUCACCACUGUCUUUUUUGCACACUGUUGUUCCCCUGCGGACCAUCUCUGUACGCCACCGCUUGAUAUAUGUCAUGCGUUAUCUCCUUGGGAUAGACCUGUAAUGGGACGGGGACCGCUACUGCCGGUCUCGGUGCAGCAAGAAAGUGUUUAUUUGACGUCGCUUAGCGCCGAGCCCACAAGGGUGCUUUCUUCCGGCGUUUGUUCAUCGCCUGCGACUGUUUAUAUUUCCGGUCGAGCCAUGGGAUUAUUGACUACCUCUUUGGGAGCACUUACAUCUAAUAUCGGACUCAAACACCACCGAUUCUCCCCCUUACAUAUUUUCUCUCUUAUCAGAGCACUCAGAGCAGCUACGCCUCAAGAAUAUGAGACGGCAUCUCCCUACCGAUUGGUGAAUCCCGACUUUGGUGCUACUGUGCCUUGUCAUGACAGGACUCAACCAGAGCCAACAGUCCCGGUGAGGUAUUUCACGUUCAAGGGCCGCCUAACACCGCAUGCCGUACGGACAAGACGCGGCUCUACACCAGGAAUUAAGGUGCAUAAUGAGCUAGUACCUCGACUUGCGGCGCAUAUCCUUGAUACUGCCGCGACACGAUAUCAUCAAGAUCCAUGCUACUGA